CUUUUGUGAGUGUACCGCGCAUGCGCAGGAGGGAAGCGGAAAAGGGUCCGCAUGAGCCCAUCCGUGCAACGUGGAGGGAGGAAAAUGUCUGAGAAACAGCAGCAAGACGGCGGGAGCGUCGCGCGGCAGGUAGAAAACCUGGAGGACAAGCUGAUGCAGUGCAGAGAAGACUUGGAAGAGGUGGAUUUUAAGCUCCGGAGAGAAGAAAUGACUCCUGAGAGAAGAGAGUCACUGGAGAAAGAGAAAUGUCUGCUAACAAGCAAAGCUGAAGCAUAUGAGAAAGAACUAAAAGUCCUUCGCCAGGAGAAUCGCAAGAUUGUCGCACUUUCAGCCGCCAUCGUGCUCUUGGUUGUUGUUAUUUACACCUGCUGGACAAUGUGAUUACUUGAUGGCAAGUUCUUCCUCCCCUCACCAGAUUAACUCAAAGGUGCAGUCACCUUCCCAAGUCACUUUGACACAUCUUAGUCAUCACAGGCAAUUCAUUGCUGACACUUGAAGAAAAUUAGCAAAGCACAAACAGUUUUUCAGAAACAUGGGGCUAUUUGGUAGCAGAGCCGUAGUUACAGGAUAGUUUUUGCAAAGGGACAGCAGGAUGUCAUUUUACUAUCUGUUUCAGCACCAGGUGAAAACUGUGUUGUUCACACAAGCCUUACUGUGGAUGUCUUUAUAAUUUUAAUGUGAUUUUCCCCGUUUUGUAUCUGUAUUUUAAUGUCUGUCUUUGAUCUAGUCAGUGAAUUUCUGCUACAGAGCAGCCAUAGAAGCAGGGUUAAUAAAUACAAUUUACUCUA